AGAGAACAUCGAUCCAAGCCAUGGCCAUAUACUUAUCUUUAUCUGCUCGAGCUCAUGACGACCCUCCCAGAUUUUGCUCUUGCUCUUCUCCCGGGUUUCUGCUUCUUCUCGCACUCUCACCCUGCAGCUUCGUCGUGCCAGUCUUGAGCGCCUGUGAACCUUCGUAGCUUUGGGCGUCAUCAGCAGUCCAGUUGGCAAUGCUUGACUUCGAGAAGAACAGUUCGGUGGACAAAGUGGAUACUGAGAAGCAGGUGCAUAUUGGGGAGGUCGAGGAGAAUGCAUCUUCAGACGGUCUGGAGGUCAAUGCAAGUGGACAUAGAGACCAGUUGACUAGACAAUAUGGCACGCUAAGUAUUUGCGCUACUGCUGUAACUAUCGAUAAUGCGUGGGUGGCGUUUGGAGGCAGUAUUACUACAGCCAUCUACAAUGGUGGGCCACCGGGGAUUCUAUACGAACUGAUUGCCGCUUGCUGCUACUAUGGAUUCAUCGCAGCAUCGCUAGCGGAACUAGCUAGUUCCAUACCUUCUGCGGGAGGAGUCUACCACUGGGCCUCCGUCACUCCCGGUCCCCGCUGGGGUCGUAGCCUCGGUUUCCUAACCGGUCUCCUCAACUUCUACGCCUGGAUCUUCGGCAUCACCUCCAUCGCCUUCGUCUUUGGCGAAGUCACAGUCCAGAUGUGGGCCCUUUUCCACCCCGACUACGUCAUUCAAACCUGGCACGUCUUCGUCUCAGUCGCGCUCGUCAACGUCCUUUCCUGCGCUCUCGUUAUGUUUGGGAAUGGGCUGCAGCCAUUACUACAGAAGUGCGGGAUUGUCGUGGUUGUGGGGGGUGGGUUGACGACGAUCAUUGUGCUUGCGGCGAUGCCAAAGGAGCAUGCGAGUAAUGCGUUUGUGUGGACGGAUUGGGUGAAUGCGACGGGGUGGAGCUCGGGGACUGCGUUCUUGACGGGCAUGUUGAACGGUUCCUUCGCCAUUGGUACACCAGACUCUGUCACGCAUAUGGCCGAGGAGCUACCACAUCCGCGAAAGGAUCUUCCCAAAGCGAUAGCUGCUCAAAUGAUUGUCGGGACGCUUGCAUCCUUCAUUUACGCCAUAGCACUACUCUAUGCUAUCUCAGACCUAGACGCCGUAAUCAACAGCAGUGCAUCGUUCCCUUUGGCGGAGGCUUAUAUCCAGGGGACCGGGAAUAAGGGAGCAGCCUUUGGACUCCUCUUGAUCAUCGCAUUGGCUAUCUUCUGUGGUCUUCAAGGCGUAUACAUCACGUGUGGACGUGUUCUGUGGGCUCUUGCUCGCGACAACGUCAUUCCAUUUUCUGGUACAUUUUCGCAAGUUAACACAAGGCUCAGUUGUCCAAUACCCGCCACAAUCUUGGUUUUCUUCCUGAGCGUCGGCAUCGCCGCCAUCGCCCUAGGCAGCGAAACCGCCUUCUCCAACCUCGCUAGCUCUUUCUGUGUCAUCAGCACAGUCUCCUACCUUAUCCCAAUCGCUGGCCACCUCUUCACCGGCCGGCGCAACAUCCCCCGCGGUCCCUUCUGGAUGGGCAAAUACGGCUUCUUCGUCAACGGAGCCGCCGUUCUUUUGAUCGUCUUCAUGAACAUCAUGUACUGCUUACCGUACUCGAUACCGACGACGGUGGAGACGAUGAACUAUAAUUCGGUGAUAUUUGUAGGGUUCGUGGUCGUGACGGCGGUGUUGUGGGUGGUUCAUGGGUGGAAGAAGUAUGAGGGACCGAAAUUGCCACAUUUAGAUGAAGCAGGGCGGGUUUUAGAGGAUGAAAAGUAGUGUUGCACGUUUAAGUAGAUAGUGAUAAAAAUGUGCAGAUGAUUUGAAGUCAUAGGUCAUCCGC